GCAUGCAAGCAUUGACCACCUUGUGUUUUCCUUCCCUCCCGCAGUGACGUCUCCAUGCAAGAUCCUCAAGUGCAACUCUGAGUUCUGGGCAGCCACGUCGGGCUCCCACCACCUAGGCACGGAGGAGGCACCCGAAUUUUGCACGGCGCUACGCGCCUACGCACACUGCACCCGCCGCACCGCCCGCACCUGCAGGGGCGACCUGGCCUACCACUCCGCCGUGCAUGGCAUAGACGAUCUCAUGGUGCAACACAACUGCUCCAAGGAUGGCCCCACGUCCCAGCCCCGCCUCCGGACAUUGCCCCCCGGGGAUAGCCAGGAGCGCUCCGACAGCCCUGAAAUCUGCCACUAUGAGAAGAGCUUUCACAAACACUCGGCUGCCCCCAACUAUACCCACUGUGGGCUCUUUGGGGACCCCCACCUCAGGACUUUCACAGACACUUUCCAAACCUGCAAGGUGCAAGGGGCUUGGCCGCUCAUAGACAAUAACUACCUGAACGUCCAGGUCACCAACACUCCGGUGCUGCCUGGCUCCACAGCCACCGCCACCAGCAAGCUCACCAUCAUCUUCAAGAGCUUCCAGGAGUGUGUGGACCAGAAAGUGUACCAAGCAGAGAUGGAUGAGCUCCCCGCUGCCUUUGCCGAUGGCUCCAAGAACGGUGGGGACAAGCACGGAGCCAACAGCCUGAAGAUCACUGAGAAGGUGUCAGGCCAACACAUCGAGAUCCAGGCAAAGUACAUUGGCACCACCAUCGUGGUGAGGCAGGUGGGCCGGUACCUCACCUUCGCUGUGCGCAUGCCAGAGGAGGUGGUCAACGCCGUGGAGGACCGGGACAGUCAGGGCCUCUACCUCUGCCUCCGUGGUUGUCCACUCAACCAACAGAUUGACUUCCAGACCAUCCGCUCAGCCCAGGCCACAGAGGGUCGUGCUCGCAGGAAGGGGCCCAGCCUGCCGGCCCCCCCCGAGGCCUUCACGUAUGAAACGGCCACGGCCAAGUGCAGGGAAAAGCUGCCCGUGGAGGACCUCUACUUUCAGUCCUGCGUCUUUGACCUCCUCACCACGGGGGAUGUCAACUUCAUGCUGGCUGCUUACUAUGCCUUUGAGGACGUGAAGAUGCUUCACUCCAACAAAGACAAGCUGCACCUCUAUGAAAGGACACGGGACCUGGCCCCGGCCAACAUGGCUCCCUCAGGGACCCCCGGUGCCCUCUGGGUAGCACUGCUGUGUUUGAGUCAGUGUUGGUUGUGCUUAUUAUAGAGGUUUGCUCCUUCACACCAUGGAGAGCAGGGAAAGGGGAGCAGGAGGGAAUCAGGGAUGAGAUGGCAGUGCUGGACAACGGGAGGUUGGAUGUCAGAGCCGUGUGAGUUGUCCUCAAACCUCAGUCCC